AUGCAUGUUACCCAGGACGUCCGAAGGAACAGCUCGGCCAUGUCAGCACCGAACGGGACCCUACUGGACUGCAGCCUCGUGAACGAGCUUGGCAACAGCAGUGAAGCCCGCUGCCUGCUACUGCAUGCCCUGAACGACUGCGACACGGGCCGUGGGCUGCUGCCCUACAUCGACUUCCUGUACUGCUGGCCGACGUGGGGAUACUGGCCUUUGGCACUGCUGUUCCUGUGGCUGGUCACGCUCUUCGUGACCCUCGGAUCAACCGCCAGCUCGUAUUUGUGUCCAGCGCUGGUCGUCAUCUCCAAGUCAAUGCAGCUCUCGCAAAGCAUCACCGGCGUCACGCUACUGGCCUUCGGCAACGGCGCCCCAGACGCCAUAGCCACGAUAGCCAGCAUUAGAAGCAACCGAACGGCACUAGCCAUCGGCGAACUCUUCGGCGGUGGAACUUACGUGGCUACCGUGGUCGUGGGACUCAUUUUUAUCAGCAACGACUUUGAUGUCAUCCCGUCCUCCCUCUUGCGAGACGUUUUUUUCUACCUCAUCGUUUCCUACUGGGUGUUUGUGCUCUAUCUCCACAAAUCCAUCACCGUCGGCCAAGCAGCAAGCUUCAUUGUUCUCUACCUUGUCUACAUUACGGUGGCCGUUUUCGGUCCGUCUUUGAUCACUGCGUGUCGUCGGAACAGGUCGAGAGUUGCCUCUGUCUUGCACGAACGGUCGAUCAGCACCAGCACGUCCAGUGGUAGCCCAAGCAGAGUUGCCUGCAUAGCCCCCGAAGAUACGGAAGAGAGCGGCGGCGGUGACGCUUUGCAGGCGGAGGACACCGUCGCAAGUCCGAUCCCGUUUGCGCGAAGGCCCAGUCUGCGACGCACGUUUUCUGGUGUGAGCUUGCAUCACCACCACGAAAACGCCAUCAGCUUUUUCACCACGUCUGUGGAAGAGUCGGACGAACGUUUCCAGAGGGACCCUCCGCAACCGCCGCACGAGUCCCCCUCCCGCCCCGCUGGCAGCGCAACCGUGUUUAGCGGUGAAGAGACGCCACUUCUCGGUAGUCGGACGGAGCCGAGAGCCGAGUACGGCGAGUGGACAGAGCUGCUGCUGCAGCUAUGCCCCGCAGAGCCACACGAGUGGAACACCAAGCAUCCAUGUUGCAAGUUGUACGACGUGCUCACCCUGCCCAUCCACCUGGCCCUUGUGUUAACGGUGCCCGUGGUCGAUCCCCACAACCGGCGUACAAACUGGUGCCGUCCCUUGAACGCUUUGCAGUGCGUCACUAGCCCGAUCCUGACCCUGAGUGUGUUCGGGGCCACCUUUGUUAACAUUGGAGGCUUAGUGCCCCUUUGGGCACUCGUGCUCGUAUUUGGACUGGCACUGGCCACAGCCGUGAGGCUCACGUCAACGGCACAGGAGCCACCGAGCUACCAUGGUGCCUUCGCUUACGCGGGCUUCGUCGUGUCAGUCGUCUGGAUCUAUGGUAUAGCCACGGAAAUUGUGGCGCUACUCAAGGCUUUCGGUGUACUCAGCGGCAUCAGCGACGUGCUUCUGGGGAUGACAGUUUUGGCCUGGGGAAACAACAUCGGGGAUCUGGUGACCAAUCUUUCCUUGGCCAAGCAAGGCUUUCCCCAGAUGGCAAUGUCAGCCUGCUUCGCCGGCCCCGUGUUUGCCUUGCUGCUCGGCACUGGAGUCGCCUUCAACAUAAACUUCGUUUCGCAGGGCCUCUCUGUCAUCGAGUUGCAAUAUAGCGACCUCCUAACAAUAAUCUAUAUAGCUCUCGUGGCCGGCCUGAUUUUACUCCUCUUCUCCAUGAUUGCCACGUGGUUCCGUUCUUCACGCGCUGUAGGCGUAAUGCUCAUUGUUCUAUACCUCUCCUUACUCCUGAUUACCUUCCUGGUCGAGUUUAGGUUCCUCUCCGCCGUGAGCCGUUUGUUUAGCCCCCUCCAUCGAUGA